AGGCGAAAAAGGAUUUGAGAGCUUCAUAGCCCAAAUCCGUAUAUUUAGAGAAGGAGUCAUGGGCCUGAUAUCUCAAAUAUACAACCUUCUAUGAGCUUACUUGCAUAAAUCUUUAAGAAUAGAUCCGUGUCACUCAAAGGUUAUGAGUAUAUAUGCAUAUGCAAUUUACAAUUCCAAUUUGUACCACAUAAAUGAUAAUUGAUUAAGAUCUAGAUGAUGGUGUGAUGCAUCUUUGAGGCGAAAGAAAUAGAAUCUUAUGACAUCGAUAUGAAAAAUCAAACCCUGAAUGGUAGACUAAAAUGGGCCGAUUAACACCGUUAGUUAAUCGAAUGGCCCAAAUUAAUGAUUGGUACAAAGUCAAAUAACUAUUGCCUGUUGUCUGUUGAACGUGGUGUUCUUCGUUUGUUCACGAGUGCAACAUCAUUUUUUCAAGUUCGCUAAUAAAAACUAAAGAUCUUUCUUUUGGUGAACUAAACUAAAGAACUUUAGAACUCCAAAUAGUAAGUCGUGUACCUUCACUUUCAAUCCAGAUUUGACUAUUAAUGAUCUUCUAACCGGAACCUACUCAGCAACUCUUUUUCCGAUUAUGACACUUCAACUACCCAAUAAUUAGUAACAAUUUACGAAACUACCCCACUCCAGCUUCUGUUCUGAUCUAAAACAACAAAUCCAUAAUUAUGACAAACGAAACGACGCAGUUUUAAGGUUAAUCUCUCUCAAACUCUGUCUACUAAAUGGGUCUUAGCCAAACCGCAAUCGUACUCGUCGCGGUUUUCGCGUUUUGUCUCGUAGCUGUAACGGCACAGCUCGCCUACGUUUUGUGGUGGAAACGUAGGUUUCGUCGUCGGAGUAUCGCCGGCUCAGAACUCGACGCUUUCUCCUCCCGCGGCGGUGACCCGACGGCUACACCACCGCCGUCGAAAGAGCUUCUUUACUUCUUCUUGUUCUGUCUCGAAAACAAACAAUUCCGAAUAGGAUCCGCCACAGCUCCGCCUCUCCCUGCAGCUGCUCCUCCGGUUAGUGACGUGGCGUCAAAGUGGUCAAUAAACGGAGAAAAUUUACUUUGCGGACCUUCGGAGACUUUGUUUACCAUCGCUGAAGACUAUACUAGUGAGUCUGAUCAUCGGACGGGUGAGAUUGAUCCACGUGGAAGCAUCUCUACUGAGGAUAAUGUAAAGGAUGAUGAAGUGAAAGAGGAGAUUGUCGCGACGGAUAUAAGCGACGACGAGGUUGACUUUAGUGAUUACAAUCACGACGGAACGACGCCGUUUUCUACUCCAUGUGCUUCGCCGCCGUUUUACACGCCGUCUCCUUCUCCGAUUCGUGAUGAUCUCUCUAGGACGGUAGGUGAGGAGCGUUUGUACCGCUGAGAUAGGUUUAGUUCUCCGAUUAACCGGGUAUUGACCCGGUCAAAGAUACGGUGUCAAUCAAGGAUGGGUUAACUAGUUUCCAUCAGGUUUGGUUUUUUUUUUUUUUUUUUUUUUUUUUUUUUG